UAUAAACCUUAUCGUUAUCGAGCAAAUAUUAAAAUGAAACGAUAAACUUGUAUGGUACUAUGAGAAUAAAUCUGUAAGGUGCUUUUAACCUGUCCGCUGUGAUUGGCACGGAUUUCGCCUUCACUGGUAGCCUGGUAACAUACACUCCCAGGUCUUUCUCUGCCUCUGUGGUGGAUAGUGGAGUGUUUCCCAUGUGGUAUUGGUGUGCUGGAUAUCCCUUCACUGGUAGCCUGGUAACAUACACUCCCAGGUCUUUCUCUGCCUCUGUGGUGGAUAGUGGAGUGUUUCCCAUGUGGUAUUGGUGUGCUGGAUAUCCCUUCACUGGUAGCCUGGUAACAUACACUCCCAGGUCUUUCUCUGCCUCUGUGGUGGAUAGUGGAGUGUUUCCCAUGUGGCAUUGGUGUGCUGGAUAUCCCUUCACUGGUAGCCUGGUAACAUACACUCCCAGGUCUUUCUCUGCCUCUGUGGUGGAUAGUGGAGUGUUUCCCAUGUGGUAUUGGUGUGCUGGAUAUCCCUUCACUGGUAGCCUGGUAACAUACACUCCCAGGUCCUUCUCUGCCUCUGUGGUGGAUAGUGGAGUGUUUCCCAUGUGGUAUUGGUGUGCUGGAUAUCCCUUCACUGGUAGCCUGGUAACAUACACUCCCAGGUCUUUCUCUGCCUCUGUGGUGGAUAGUGGAGUGUUUCCCAUGUGGUAUUGGUGUGCUGGAUAUCCCUUCACUGGUAGCCUGGUAACAUACACUCCCAGGUCUUUCUCUGGCUCUGUGGUGGAUAGUGGAGUGUUUCCCAUGUGGUAUUGGUGUGCUGGAUAUCCCUUCACUGGUAGCCUGGUAUACACUCCCAGGUCUUUCUCUUGCUCUGUGGUGGAUAGUGGAGUGUUUCCCAUGUGGUAUUGGUGUGCUGGAUAUCCCUUCACUGGUAGCCUGGUAACAUACACUCCCAGGUCUUUCUCUGCCUCUGUGGUGGAUAGUGGAGUGUUUCCCAUGUGGUAUUGGUGUGCUGGAUAUCCCUUCACUGGUAGCCUGGUAACAUACACUCCCAGGUCUUUCUCUGCCUCUGUGGUGGAUAGUGGAGUGUUUCCCAUGUGGUAUUGGUGUGCUGGAUAUCCCUUCACUGGUAGCCUGGUAACAUACACUCCCAGGUCUUUCUCUGCCUCUGUGGUGGAUAGUGGAGUGUUUCCCAUGUGGUAUUGGUGUGCUGGAUAUCCCCUCCCAAGGUGCAGGACUUUAAAUUUUUCUUCACUGAAUUGUAGCAGCCACUUUUUGUUCCACCCCUGUAGCUUGGUGAGGUCUUCUUGUAGGAAAUCCGCAGUCAAGUGGUUAACUCUGUGGUGUGGACACUUCCGUUGCCUGCCACCAGACACCAGCACGCAUGUUCUUUUGGGGUGGGGAAAUUAAACUUGAUUCCAGAUAUUUUUUGUUGGUGGGAUGUUAAGAAGUUAAGAGGAACAUCUCCAUCUUAAAAUACGCGUACCAGUGCAGUGUGACAAUAAGCCACGGUCAGCAUAAAAAAAAAAAAUGUUCUUGUGAGGGGGUGAGGGUCUGGGGUGAGGGCCUGGGGUGAGGGGGGCUGGGGCAAUGCAUGACACGUUUGCUGAGGGACUGUUGGGUUAAUAUUAAUAAUGCAUCAUGAGGGAGGAAGCAGAGAAGCAAAUUGGGGUGGAGGAAAAAAAAGUGUCAUGCAAGUAUUAUUAUAUAUAUUCUGUAGGUCUUCAAGGGUAAGGAGUAUUUUAUUCUUCUUGUUCAGGUAAUUUUCUUUUCAUGGGGUUGGUUUCUGAGGCAAUAAAAAUGAUAAAAUAAAAACUUCUCUAUGUCAAUGUCUAAAGUAUAUAUCUAAGAGCAGUGGUUCUUAGCCCAGGGGAAGGUAUCUGCAGCCCUUAAUGACAGGUGUUGGGAGAGGUUGUCAAGGGUCACCUCUCCAUCAGGCAGAAUCACAUGCGCAAAAUUCACUUGAGAGAUGAGAAUAAACACAAGGGAUAUAUUUACCCUUACACUCCCUGCACUAAAUGAUAUGGAAAAUAAAACAAUACAAGAUUAAUUUGUAGUCCUUCAAGGGUUUCACAAGCAGUUAGGAAAGUAAAUAAUCAAGUAAGGAGACAAUUUGCAGGUCUUCACAAUUUCCCAGAGUUAAGAACCACUGCCUUAUACUAAACUACCUGAUAUGUAUGUUUAAGAAAUGAUGUUAUUUAUGAAGAGGAUGUACAAGGAAUAAUAAGCAAGUCUUCCACGCAAAGUUCCGUUUUCUUUGAUGUUAAACCAAGGAAAACCUAUAGAUCACGGACACUCAAUUAUGUUAGAGGGACCACAUUAGUACAGCCUUUGCCUAAUAACAUCACUUCCUUUACAUACGUAUCAAUAAUGCUUCAAGAACAGGCUAUGGAAAAGUACACGGCACCCUUCCCUCUCACACCCUUCAAAACAAUGACUCUUUUUUCUUUAUGAUAGCAAAGGACGCAGCUCAAGGGAAGAAAAAUAAAGAUAGGAAAUGAAGGUGAGGCUGUGAAUAUUACUUGUGGUUGGCGCCCCUGCAGAAGCAAGGCUGUGAAUAUUACUUGAGGUUGGCGCCCCUGCAGAAGUAAGGCUGUGAAUAUUACUUGUGGUUGGCGCCCCUGCAGAAGUAAGGCUGUGAAUAUUACUUGAGGUUGGCGCCCCUGCAAUGUUUUUCUUUCUUUCGUUUUUAUUUACAGGAAGGGAAGCAGCUCAAGGGUAACAACAACAACAACAAAAAAGUGUAGAAAAAGCCUGCUAAUCGCUACUCUUACAAAAGAUAGGAAUGGCCAAAAGAGAGGUGACUUGAUAUUCUCUCCUAGACAUCUUACCCCUUACCUCCAACCUCCCUUAUCAUUAGUAAACAAAGCACGGCCCAGGCAUACCAACCUUGCCCCUACCUAAGCCUUGGACCCACAAUAUUCCUGCCUCAUCCAGUGUGGCAUUUUGUAUCAUGGUGUAAGGAAGGGUGGGGGUAAUUUUUGCAUAGCCUGUGUCUUGUGAUUUAAAUGUCUAACCAACUUAAAUGUCUUAACUCUAGACUUAAAGAUAAGCUAUGGUGGUGUGAGAGUAUUUGAACUGAGUGAGUGGAAGAGGGGAAAAACAACUCUCAUUCCUCUAGAUAUAAACUUAACCCGGUAGCAGCGGGGAUCGUGUUUCUUAAUGGUCCCUCGGAGCGAGAAAAAUGAGAAAAAAUCACCCCUCACACAAACCAUUUCAUAAUAUAUAUCAAAGCAUUUGUGAUCAGAUUAUGUAUCAUCUAUUUUUGGGGGUUUAUAUCAUGGCAUAAAUUUAGCCCGUCGCUGCUACAUGGUAAAGCCACAAAUUUGGCCCGUCACUGCUACACGGUAAAGCCACAAAUUUGGCCCAUCGCUGCUACACGGUAAAGCCACAAAUUUAACCCAUCGCUGCUAUGCGGUAAAGCCACAAAUUUAACCCAUCGCUGCUAUGCGGUAAAGCCACAAAUUUAACCCAUCACUGCUACACGGUAAAGCCACAAAUUUGGCCCGUCACUGCUACACGGUAAAGCCACAAAUUUAACCCAUCGCUGCUACACGGUAAAGCCACAAAUUUAACCCAUCGCUGCUACACGGUAAAGCCACAAAUUUAACCCAUCGCUGCUACACGGUAAAGCCACAAAUUUGGCCCGUCACUGCUACACGGUAAAGCCACAAAUUUGGCCUGUCGCUGCUACCGGGUUAAGGUUAGUGAGAGAGUAAUACACAGAGGGAGGUGAUCUUAUUGUACGAGUGAGGUGAUCUAGGAAAACUAUUUACUGUUUUUGUGGUAGGGAGAAAAGAAGCAAUGAAAAACUCUCUUCCCAGAAAAAAAUGAACACUUAAAAGAUGUAGAGAAGAGGUCUGUUAAUCUGAGAAGCUGUGGUAGGUCUGUCCAAUCAGGAUUUUGACUUAAUUUUUCACUUAAUAAUUUCAUUGACCUAAAAAAAGAAAAUAAUAAUAAUAAUAAUAAAAAAAUUUAUCUCCCUUCCCCUUCUCUUUUUUUCUUCCCUCCAUUCCUCCUUCUCCUCCUCCUCCAGCAAGACAGGCACAUAACAGCAUGCACAUCACCCGGGGUCACUGCCGGGUGAGCGGGUGAAGAGAGGAGUCACCCAGAAAAAGGAAUGCUCAUAUACAACACACACACACACACACACACACACACUGUACACAACUUACAAACUAUUCCUUUUCCAUCUCCAAUCUUUCUUCCUCUUUCUCUUUACACUUUUACCCAUCAACAAACACACACACAUAUAUACACACACACACACACACAUAUACACACACAGACACACACAUACACAGAGGGUGCCACAGCAACAUGCAACACAACACAACACAGCAGGCAGGGGAUGACACAGGACACCACACAACAUGCCGGGCACACCACACCCUACACCCUCCUCUUCCACACCCUCCCUACACUUCUAGACUCACCCUACGCUCACCCCUUUCGACACAUCCUCCUUCCUCUCCUUUUAGUUAUUACACAUCCUAAACCUUCUUUCACAUCCCUAAACACUCCCUUCUACAUCCUAAAACCAUCCACUCCCUUUCCAAACAUAUGAAACACCUUUUUACAUAUGAGACCUUAUUUUAGUCCAUCCUACAUUUACUACGGACUCCUGAACCAUCUCCUCUUUUUCUGAUCACACUAAAAACACCUUAUUUACAACAGGGCUUAUUUAAGUCUCUCCGACACCUCCGCUUUCCUCUACACAUGCCGAGAUGAGACCAAUGAAAACCUGAACAGACGAAGAGGCCAGGAGGAUACAAGGAGAAGAGAGACAUGGAGAGGCACAAGAAAAGAUACCAGGGAGGAAACAAUGAGGAGAAAGGGAAGAACAGGGAGAAGAAAAACAAGGAGAUGAAGGAGCCAGGAGGAAAACAAGGGGAGAAACAAGACAGGUAGGCAACGAAAAUACCCCCUGAAUGUCAAUGAUGAAGAAAUGCCAAGAACUAUGGAACUUUUACCCUAACAAAGAUGACUUAUUGAUACCAGUGUAGUGACCAAGCCUUCCUCAGUUAAACCUCUCUAUACAAGACAGGACAGGAAGGCAAUGAAAAUACCCCCCUGAAUGUCAAUGCUGAAGAAAUGCUGAAAGGAUUAUAGAACAUUUACCCUAACAAAGAUGACUUAUUGAUACCAGUGCAGUGACCAAUCCUUCCUCAGUUAAACCUCUCUCUACAAGCGUCCUCAAAAGAUAACUUGAAAUAAUAUAUGGAAAACCUAAUACAUAUUCACCUUGGUACUACAGGUAACUCUCGAUUUAUGCGAGUAUUGCGUCCUUGAGGAGGUCGUGUAAAUCAAAAACAAUGUAAAUCAAACAAGAGGUAGGUUUCUGUCGAAAAAUAAAUAUUCACUUCAUUCAGUGGAGAGAGAGAGAAUUGCAUAGUAAAUCAGACCACACAGACCCCAUGGCCCUGACUAGGUGGUCUGUCUUUAAACCUAAGUGAUUCUACAUUAAUCAGAUGGCUCCAAAACGUUGCUUUUCUACUCUAGUUAAUAUUAAGUUGAAGGAAGUGACGGUCGAGCUUGUUUUUAAAGGAGUCAAUCGUGUUACACUGGACCACUGAUGAUGGGAGCUUAUUCCAUUCUCGCACUACAACGUUGGUGAAGAAAAAUUUGGUGCAGUCUGAAUUUACUUGUCUACAUUUGAGUUUUGUGCCAUUGUUCCUCGUUCGCAAAAUGUCAUCGAUCAUAAACAAUUUUGAUCUGUCUACAUUCGUGAAACCAUUAAGUAUUUUAAAACAUUUGAUCAGUUUUCCUCGGAGGCGACGUUUCUCAAGAGAGAACAUGUUAAGGGUGGAAAGCCUUUCUUCGUAGGAUUUGUUGCGCAAGGAAGGGAUCAUUUUUGUUGCCCGACGCUGAACACCUUCUAAUUUAGCAAUAUCCUUUGCAUGGUGGGGAGACCAAAACUGUACUGCACAUUCCAAGUGGGGUCUGACUAAACUAUUGUAGAGCGGAAGUAUUACAUCUUUAUUCUUGAAUAAAAAGUUUCUUUUAAUGAAGCCCAACAUUCUGUUCGCUUUAUUUGCUGCAUCGAUGCAUUGAUGUGAGAAUUUGAGGUUUGAUGAGAUUUUGACCCCCAGGUCCUAAACGCAUUGAACGCUUGUGAGUUUAACGCCGCGCAUUUCGUAAUCGAACUUCUUAUUUCUUGUUCCAACUUGAAGGACCUGGCACUUGUCUACGUUAAAGGACAUCUCCCAUCUAUCCGACCAAGCUGAAAUUUUGUGCGAAUCCUCUUGGAGGCUUUGCCUGUCUUCGUCAGUGAGAACCGAGUUACCAAUCUUUGUGUCGUCUGCAAAUUUACUAAUGCGAUUACUGAGUCCAACAUCCACUUGUGCAAUAUUAGUUGAAAA